CUCCAAUUUUAUCGCCUUCCUCCAUCCUCGUAAAACCGGCCACUCGCCUUAUUUCUCUCUCUCUCUCUCUCAGGAACAGAGGAGCAUUAUAUUUCUUCGAAUUUCACGAAAUUCAGGUCUCUGCAUAAAAUUUCAUCACAUGUCACAAAUUUGAAGAGAAAUGGAUUGUUACGAAAACCUAGUAGCCACGGGACGCGUUGUUUGUCCGAAGCCUCGUCGUGUCGGGCCGUCCAAUUUUAGCAAUUCCGUGAUGCCCUUGAGAUGUCACUUACGUGAUGGUGCAGAGGCGUUUGAUUCGAGAGCCGGCGCUGAAUUGCUUGAUUUAACCCUUUGUAAGGAGGGGUUCCAAGGUGAAGGAUGUGCAACUGUAUCAUCAUCUCCCCCAUUUUUCUUUGGCUCUCCUCCAUGCAGAGUUCAAAAUCCUCUAGCACAAGACGCCCAUUUCAGGGUUCAAAAACACGGCCCCACAGCUUCCUCCCCUUCCGAUUCAGCUUCUCUUCCAUCAUCCCAUUCUAGAGUUAAGUUUGGAAACAAACAAGCAGCUGUAAGAGUCGAAGGUUUUGAUUGUCAAUCCCGUGUUACUGCUAUGGCAUAGCAUACCAUAAAUUUUGCAUGUAAAAAUUUAGAGAGAGAGAGAGAGAGAACCACUUGAAACGGAGUGAAAAUCUCAAAAACUUUGACUGUGAUCUUCUAGAUUAGGCUAGGUUAAUAAUAAAGUUAGGUGAUCUUGAGGAGGAGUAACCCAUGUUCAGCUGACCAAAGAGCAAUAAGUCGGGAAAAUUGAAGCCGGUGAAGUUGAAUUUAUACAGUUCUUUUUUUUUUCUUUUUUCUUUUUUGUGUUUAUGGAGGAAGAUUGGUAAGUUGAUUGGGGGUUCCUUCUGAUUAUCCGGGAGAUGCUUUGUAAAGAGUGCUUUUGUAACUAUAGAAAAUAUCAUGUCAAAUAGUUCCUAAUAAUUUUGUUUUUGACAGCAGAAAUGAGAUGUGGAACUUUGUUGCCCUGUGUA